GCAGCAACUACCAUCUCAAUAACCUAGCUUUGUUAUUCUCGAAGUCCCAAUGAAGCUCCAGCUUCCAUUAAUGAUUUCAACAAUCCUAUUUAAGUCAUCUACUGUGUAUGUCAUUCUUGCCUUGUUUACAAACUUCGUAGUUUCAGAGUGUUCCACUUCCACCAUAGCCACCUUAGGAAACCAGAGAGACAAGCAAGCUUUGCUUGAGUUCAAGCAUCAGACAACAGAUCCCAAGGGAGUACUGAGUUCAUGGAACGACUCCCUCCAUUUCUGUCAGUGGCGAGGGGUCACAUGUGGUCGCCGGCAUCAGCGAGUUGUCAUAUUGAAUCUAGAGGGCCACCACUUGACUGGAACCAUAUCUCCUCAUAUAGGUAAUCUCACAUUUCUUCGUUACAUCUAUCUCCAAAACAAUAGCUUAUACGGUUCAAUCCCCCAGGAGCUCGGCCGUUUGUUCCGUCUGCGGUAUAUCAGUCUAUCCAACAACACUCUGGGAGGAGAAAUUCCCAGCAAUCUGUCACAGUGCAGCAAUCUUAGAGUGCUGAGGUUACUGAAUAACAAUCUGAGUGGAAAUAUUCCAAUUGAACUGGGAUUUCUGCCCAAGCUUUUUCAUAUCAACCUUAGCAAAAACCAGUUGACAGGACGAAUCCCAGCUUCCUUUGGCAACCUCUCAUCACUUGAAGAUCUAUUUCUUUCAUAUAAUCGCUUAGAAGGAAGCAUCCCAGAAGAACUAGGCCACUUGACAAGCUUAACAAGUCUAGUAGUUGGUGCAAACAAUUUGUCUGGUGUGUUCCCCUACUCACUGUACAACCUUUCAUAUCUCAGUGUCAUAAGCAUUCCAUUCAAUCAAAUCCAUGGGAGAUUUCCAGUGGACAUGGGUCUUAGGCUUCCAAGCCUCAGACAAAUCCAGGUUGCAUAUACCCUUUUCACUGGACAAAUCCCAGCUUCUCUGACCAAUAUUUCAGGACUCGAAAUAUUUACUGUCACCGGUAACAGCUUCGUUGGACCAAUUCCUCAGAACUUUGGUGCUCUGCAGAAUCUUUGGUUGUUUGCAAUUGCUAAUAAUCGAUUCGGAACAGGGAAAGCUGACGAUUUGAGUUUCCUCUCUUCUUUGACAAACUGUAGUAGCUUAGAGGUUUUAGACAUAUCCACUAAUGGGUUUGGAGGUACAUUUCCAAGCUCUAUAACCAACCUCUCAACCACACUUGAAUAUCUGUAUCUGGGAAGAAACCAAAUAUCUGGAACCAUUCCUCUGGGGAUUGAAAACCUUAUCAACUUAACUUUACUGUCCAUGGGGGAAAACUUAUUAUCAGGCACUAUUCCAUCUAGUAUUGAAAAACUUGAGAAGCUGCAAGCAUUGGACAUGCAUGGCAACAGACUCUCUGGAGAGAUACCAUCCUCCUUGGGCAAUCUCACAUUUUUGUAUGAACUUUUCUUAAACCAGAAUGAACUGAUUGGAAGCAUUCCUUCUAGCUUUGGAAAUUGCAAAUCUUUAAAACAAGUAGAUCUUGGUUCUAACAAUCUUUCUGGCCCCAUUCCAAGAGAAGUCUUUGGUCUUUCUUCCCUAUCCUACUACCUCGAUCAUAAUUCUCUAUCUGGUUCCUUGCCGUCUGAGGUGGGUAACUUGCAGAGUAUCUUGGUAUUGGACUUCUCUGCAAACAAAAUGUCUGGUGAAAUCCCUUCAACAAUUGGUGAUUGUCUGAGUUUGGAAGACCUAUAUAUGAACAAUAACUUGUUUGAUGGAACAAUUCCUACAUCUCUAAGUUCAUUAAAGGAUAUUGAAGAGAUUGAUCUUUCACACAACAAUCUAUCAGGCCAAAUUCCGAAGAAUCUGAUCGAACUUGGGGGUUUGCAGAGUCUGGAUCUGUCUUUCAACAAUCUAGAGGGUGAGGUACCAACCAAAGGAGUAUUUAGAAAUUCAAGUGCAAUUUCAUUGCAAGGAAACAAUAAGCUUUGUGGGGGAAUUCCUGUACUACACUUGCCCAUCUGCUCCACUCACAAGAAAAGAAAGAAGUCUGCCAUGUCCAAAGUAUUAAUUGCCAUAAUUGUUAGUUUUCCCUGUUUUCUGUUGAUUUGCUGUCUGCUUGCUCUCUAUUGGAUAAGAAAAUCUAGAGCAAAACCUUCAUCAACAUCUCCAUCAGUGGGCGACCAAUAUCCAAAAGUUUCUUACAAAGAGCUCCUUCGAGCUACUGGUGAAUUCUCUGAAGCUAAUUUGAUUGGUUCGGGUAGCUUUGGCUUUGUAUACAAAGGAAUUCUUAGUCAAGAUGGAAAAGUUGUUGCAGUGAAGGUGCUCAACCUUCAACACCCAAAAGCUUCAAAGAGCUUCAUCGCUGAAUGCAAUGCACUGAGGAGCAUUCGCCAUCGGAACCUUGUCCGGAUCUUAACUUCAUGCUCGAGUCUGGAUUCCAAGGGCAAUGAUUUCAAAGCUUUGGUAUAUGAAUUCAUGCCCAACGGGAGCUUGGAGAAGUGGUUGCAUCCAAACAGGGAUGACCUUGAGAAUGAAGCCUGCAGAAACUUGAACAUUCUUCAGAGGCUUAACAUUGCGAUAGAUGUGGCAUCUGCUUUGGAUUAUCUUCAUCAUCAUUGCCAAACGCCAAUUGUUCAUUGUGACUUGAAGCCAAGUAAUGUUCUUCUGGACAAAGAUAUGACUGCUCAUGUUGGUGAUUUUGGUCUAGCGAGGCUACUUUUACAGGCCACAAAGGACUCUUCCCGGAAUCAGACCAGCUCAUUUGGAUUAAAAGGAACCAUUGGCUAUGCAGCUCCAGAAUAUGGUACAAAUGGUGAGGUAUCAACUUAUGGAGAUGUCUACAGCUAUGGAAUCCUUUUACUAGAGAUGUUCACAGGAAAAAGACCCACACAUGAGAUGUUCAAAGAUGAUUUAAACCUCCAUAAAUUUGCAAAAAUGGCUUUGCCUGAACAAGUGAUGGAGAUUUUAGACCCAAUGCUCCAAGAAGAAGAAGAUGAAACAAAUGAGGAAGGUAGAAUCAACUUUGAGGAUCUGAGUCGCAAAAAGGAGACAAUGCAAGAGUUUAUGACUUCAUUAAUAAGAAUCGGAGUCGAAUGCUCAGCAGAACAGCCUAGAGAACGAAUUGACACGAGCCAUGUUGUUAGAGAAUUGAAUUUGAUCAGAGAAAAGUUUCUCGGCAUUGGAGUUGGGGUUCACCAAGCAAGAUGAAGGAAUAUUAACACCAGGUUCCGUUAUAAUUACAUUGUUUUUGUUG